CAAAGGUUGCCAUCUACAAUCUUGACAAAUGGUCCAGACUUCCUUCUCCUUGCCACUGACCUUUCUCACUCUUGGAACCAGUACAACAACUUCUUCUUUUCCCUUUUUAUCUCAUGCCCAUGCCAUGCCGUUUUGUUUUUGCCAUCGAUAUAUGAACAUAUUUCUUUUUGUUGAUUAAUGGUACCAGUACGGAGUACGAGCUACCCGUAUAUACAGAGACUCCACUGCACGGUACAGUACACUGGGGUGGAAUAACGAGGUUUUCUCAGGGUACGACUACGAACAGAAUUGACAAGGCGCACUACCGUGUAUCCAUUACAAUUCAAGCAACACGCAACACGCAAUCGUCGGACCAGCCAGGUCGCUACCCAAGGAAAAACUACAGUGCCAAAAAUGACCCAAACAACUCCGCAGUCGGCCGAAGCCAACACAGAUUCAGCCUCGCGAGAGGAUGGGGUGGAUCUGACCGACCAAGCUGUCCAAGUUAGGUUUCAAGACCAAGCGGCUAACAGUACCUCGAGCUUGAAGACCCUGCAAGGACAUGUAGCCGCGGCGGCGGAAGACGGGGUCAAUGGUGCGUCCGAAGAGGCUCAAUCGAAAUUGGACGAGGCCGAAGCAGAUCGCCCUGCCCCACCACCCAGAUUGGCCUCAUCGCGGCGCGAGGGCAGCUAUGCGGCCAGCGCGAACAACGACCUGUCGAACAUGAGAACCCUCGACCCCGAAAAGACGAACAACGCCCUCCCCAGGUUGAAGAAGAAGGAAACAAAGCUGGCUCAAAAGAAGGCGCACCCAUGGCAACACCUCGGCAUCACCCUGGGUCUGCCGAUGAUCCUCCUUUUCGACCUGGUCGUCCCCUGCAUCAUCUACUACACCUGGUACCACAGUCACAGGCACGACAGAAAUCGACAAUGCCGUGAACAAUACCCCGACCGACAGCCAUGUCCGUUGCCCAAGGUGGAAUUCGACGACAACGUCCUCGGUAGUGCCAUCGCUUCGUUCGGUGUCGGUGAGCUUUGGAUUCUGCUCGCUCGGGCAUGGCGACUGUUCAUGCACCGCGAAGACUGUGCUCCUUUACUUUCCCGGAGUCGUUGGGAGCUCGACGCAACGUCGUGGGUCUACGCCGUGGCCUUGAUCACCUCGCUCAUCCCUUUUGUCGUGGCUAGCAGUCUGGAGAUUCCCGAGCUGUAUCUUUACUCACCGGCUUUCCUGAUGACCUUCCUCGGAUGUCUCAUGUUGAUCACCACCGUCUACCCGUUCAAGCUUCCCAUCGGCAUCAACUCACAACCUCGAGGCACGGGACUGCGGCCUUUUAUCUAUUACGCCGCCGAAGACUUUAUUGCCGUCGACGGCCUGCAGGAUCGGGAAUUCCGCGUCCGAUAUAACGACCGUUAUGAAUCCAACAAAGCGUUCCGAAAAUUGUUUGUGUACCUGACCUUGUUUUGGAUGUUGGGAAUUUGCAUUUAUAUUGGAUGUUUAUCAGCCAUCAUUUGGACGUUGCCCUUCCACAUCGCCUUUGGACUAAGUCUGGGCGUGUUGUUUGCUUGGAUUGCCGUGUGGGCGGUCGCGACAUUCGUGUGGGUGAAGUAUGAGAUUGAGAGGGAGCAUAAAGCCUACGAGGCUGAGGCGGAGUCCAUAGAGGAAUAAAUUGCUACGUGUGACAAGGUGGAAGCAGGCGUUUUGGGUGUUGUUUGUUGACAUACUCACAUACCCUAGAUGACUAUGUAUUAUCAGCGUUGCUAAUGCACCAAAAGUAAUAAUACAGACCAAGACUGUCACGUCAUGUUCAUAUGUCAACGGUUGUGUUGAUUUUUUAUCUCAUUGCUGUCCGGGAAAACGUCUUGUCAUGUCUUGGGAGUAGGAUGGAUUGUUCAUUAGUAUAAGAACCUAGCAGGGAAAGAGAUAAGUCGGCGAC